AUGAAAAAUUAAUUUUCAUAUGGAUCAAAGUAUAAUUCUCAAAUACAAUAAACCCCUUUUGGAAACUCUUAGAUAAUUAAAACAAAUAAUUAAUAAUCCAAAUCAAGGUUACCUAUAUUUGAUGAUUAUAAAAUUCAGCAACCAUAAUCCUUCUCAUAAUUUAAUAAUUUUUCUAUAAAAUAAUUGUAAACACAAUAGAAAAUUGAUUAAACAUAAUAGUAACAAUAUAAUGUAGUUUAAUUACCAAAGGGAUUAAAUAACAUAGGAAACAAUUGUUUUAUGUAAAUAUUUUUUAAAUAAAUAUAGGAAUGCCAUAAUAUAAAUGCUAUAUAGUAUUAAAUAAUUUAGAAAAGCCAUCUUAGAUUUGCCUGUAAAAUAAUUAUAAACUGAUUCUAUAAGUUUUCAUUUGUAAUCCUUAUUUUAAGAGUUAAAUUUCUCCAAAAUACAAUAUUCGAUAAAUCCUACUCAAUUUUAUCAUGAGAUUUGUAUAUGAUUUCCAUAUUCAUUGUAGUGAAGAAGCAUAACUAAUUUUAGUUUGGUAGAUAAGAAGAUGCUCAUGAAUUUUUAUUGUGUUUAUUUUAAACUUUAGGAUCAGAAUGUAAGAACUAAUAAAAUGAACAAAGUUUUUUUGAUGAUAUUAAGAAUUUUUUUGAAGAUAUAUUUCUAGUAAAUAAUAGAGAUUUAGAAUAAAAAAUAGAAAAAGAAUGGAAAUAAAAAAGGUAAUUAGAAAAUAAUAUUAUUACAAACUUAUUUGUUGGUUUAUUUAGUAAUAAAAUUAUUUGCAAGAAUUGUUAAUUUGAAUAAAUCCAUUAUGAAGAAUUUAAUGUUUUAGCAUUAAGUUUAGAAUAUUAUUUAGGUAUAUAUACAUUUUAAAAAGAAAGUUGUCUUCUAAAUGAACUAAUCAAAUUUUAAUUUAAGCCAUAAAUCAUUACAAAUUACAAAUGUCAAAAAUGUUAAUAAGAUGAACAUUAAUUAAUGUAAUUAAUAUCAUAUUAUUUAAGUUAAAAAAUUGCUAAACUUCCAAAAAUUUUAAUUAUUCAAUUAAAGAGAUUUAAUUAUCUGAAUUCUGCAUAAAGAAUAAAUACUAACAUUAUAUUCCCUCUCGAUAAUUUAUCUUUGAUUGAAUAAUGUACUCCAAAUAUUAGAUCAUGUUCAUAUGAUUUGUAAACAAUUAUUCAUCAUUCUGGUACUUGCAAUAAUGGCCAUUAUUAUGCGUAUUAAAAUUAUAUUAUAAUAUUAAUUAGUACAUGCAAGUAUAUAGAAAAUAACUCAAUAAAAUGGUUUAGAUUUGAUGAUUCAAUAGUUGAGGAGGCCUAAUUAGAGAAAAGACAAUACGAUACAUAUGGUACUCCAACACCAUAUAUGUUAAUUUUUGAGUAAAAAUAAUAUGCAUAAUGA